GGCUCAUGCCGGCUGAUGUUCGGCGGCUUCCUGGGCUCCGGGCUGUGGCGGGGUGUGGGUGGGAGUCGCAGGCAGUCCUGGGUGCGGGGUGUCGGCGACGGUGGCGCAGCCAUGGCGGCAGGGGAGAGCAUGGCUCAGCGGAUGGUCUGGGUGGAUCUGGAGAUGACAGGAUUGGACAUUGAGAAGGACCAGAUUAUUGAGAUGGCCUGUCUGAUAACCGACUCUGAUCUCAACAUUUUGGCUGAAGGUCCUAACCUGAUUAUAAAGCAGCCAGAUGAAUUGCUGGACAGCAUGUCAGAUUGGUGUAAGGAGCAUCAUGGGAAGUCUGGUCUUACCAAGGCAGUGAAGGAGAGUACAAUUACAUUGCAGCAGGCAGAGUAUGAAUUUCUGUCCUUUGUACGACAGCAGACUCCUCCGGGGCUCUGUCCACUUGCAGGAAAUUCAGUUCAUGCAGAUAAGAAGUUUCUUGACAAAUACAUGCCUCAGUUCAUGAAACAUCUUCAUUAUAGAAUAAUUGAUGUGAGCACUGUUAAAGAACUGUGCAGUAUUGAUAAAUUACUUGAAGGAAAUAAUUUUUCAGUGUAUUUGAGAUGGUUUCCUUUGAGAGUUCCAUUUCUGCUGUAUAUAGACGCUGGUAUCCAGAAGAAUAUGAAUUUGCACCAAAGAAGGCUGCUUCACACAGGGCACUUGAUGACAUUAGUGAAAGCAUUAGAGAACUUCAGUUUUACCGAAAUAACAUCUUCAAGAAAAAAACAGAUGAAAAGAAGAGGAAAAUUAUAGAAAAUGGAGAAAAUGAGAAGACUGUGAGUUGAUGCCAGUUCUCAUGCUGCCGGCACCGAGCUCUCUGGAAGCAACUUCCGAUGGUCUUUUUUGUUCACCCUGAUUGCUUGGCAAAGCACCUUCUUUCAGUUAUCUCACACCUCUAGAUGGCUCACACAGACAGCACCUUGAAUACUAUUUUUCUUUGUCUACGCUGUUACCAUUUAUAACACGUCAGCUUCUUUGUGAGUACCAGGUCAUGUCCAUCUCUGGGUACAUACCUGCAUUUGCUUUUAGACCGUUUCUUUUGUUUUAAAUAAAUAAAUAAAUAAAGCUAGUUCUAUUGAAAUGCAAGUUUUUUUUUUUUUUUGGUACCAUCAAUUCUUCAGUAGAUGAAUCCUUGGAGAAGGAUGACUUUUCUCUUGUUUUAAGUGGUAUGGCUAAUGUUUAAACCCUCAUAAUUCAGUUAGGAAUGGAUUAAGUUUCUUACGUUAAACAAAGUGAACUUGUUCUGUUUUGCUUUACAGGUUAAGAAUAGAAUAACGAGAUAGAUUCAAAGCAACAGCUUUGAACUUGUUAGUUGUAGUUACUGAACUAGCAGAGAGUGCUGGAAUAGGCUGCUUUUCACUGCAUUCAAGAAAUUGAAGUGAGCUAUCUUGACAGGUAUUCUGUAAGUAAUAACUAAGGUGUAUUGAAUAGUUACAUGCAAGGCAGUCACUGUGCUAGGUUUUCAGAGCAUAAGUAGCUAGCUGCCCUAGAUCUAAUGGUCAGUCUGUAGCUAAGAAAGGUUUCAGUUUAUCUUAACUCCUAAGUUUAGAGUCCUUUGGUUGAGGGCUCACCACAGCCCAAGGUGAGCCCUCAAACCAGAGGGCCCAUUGGAAUCACCUGUCUUUAGAACAAUCUCACUCUCUUCUUUGUGUACUUCAUGCUAACAAAUGCCCCCUUAAGACAAGAAAUCAGAAUUGGGAAAGGCCCACGUGUGACUUGUCUUUCAUUAAGACCACAGGACUGGAACUCUGGUUAUCUAAAUGUAUGUUUCUGUUCAAUUAUAGUCGUUCUAUGGACGUAGGAGUAUGAUCCUAAUGUAGUUUAGGUACAGAAAUCAUGAGACUGGAUUAAUCUCAUAAGUACAGUAAAACCUGAGAAAGCCAGAACCUGUUUAAGGUGGAAAUCUGUCAGAUUGGGAAAAUGCAAAUAUUUCUCACUAUAAUCAGUAGAAAAGUGGUAACACCGCACCCGGAAAACUUGUAAGACCCGGAAAAACAAGGCAGUCCUGUCGAGUUCUGGCUCUCACAGGUUUCACUCUCUAACCUUUUCCAAAUGAGUAAAUUAAGGCUCAGAUUCACAAAUCUGUUAAGUGUGAGUUGAUGGACAACAGGCCAGCUACCUUUUCUGACGAGCGUUCGCCCUGCUUCCUGGAAUGGCACAGGUUUUAGCUCGUGUACCAACUUUGGUGGUUUGGAAGGUAGGAAUGUGUCGUAGCUAGGAAAAAGGCUCUUGAGUCAAGUCUGGGUUCAAGUCCAGGUUCCAUGACAUACUAACUCAACAACUUCAGCAAGUUAACAUCUUUAAACCUCAGUUUUCUUAUCUGUAAAGUGAGGUUGAUAAUGGUGCCUAACUUAAAGGGUGGUUUUUAAACUAAAUGAAGCACUAAUCACAGUUCUGAGCUCAGUGGUUGGUACACAGUACAUACUGUACAACGUUAGGUAACUAAUGAAGAUCGAUUUGAUUCAGUCCAGGAUCUGUGAGAAAGGAUUCUCUGUUGAUAAUGACGACUGCGGGCAUGAUCUCAAAUCAGUGUUCACUUACUGCCUAUGACAACAUGCUGAAGACUGUUACAAACUUUACUAACAGUCUGACCUUGACUUGGCAUACUGUUUCCAACUAAAAUUUGGCAGGAUAAUCUUGGCCUUUACUUGGCUGUCAGGAAUGUUGUAAACACUAAUGCAGGAAUAGAUACGAAAACACUUGGUGCUUAAGAAAGGGGUUCAUAGUAACCGAAUACAGCUAUUAAUGCCAUAGAAUUUCUCCCACACAGCUGGCCAGUUUAUUCCUCAGUUUAACUAUUUGAGCCAUACUGUUUAGUUUACUUAAAGCCUGUAACUCUGGGUGUUCAUUUUAAAUCUCCUGCCCUGUUCUGUAUAUUCAUUAUAUGUAGCAGAAUUCUCCCGUUAACCCCUCAUAGAGCAUGUGAUAGCUGUUAGUAACAUAAUUGGCAGCCUGUGAGACAGCACAUCUAGUCUGGUGCAAGUCUUUUAUAUAAAGACAUGGUAGUUCAGUGAUUAGUUCAUUAUUUUUUAGUCUGCUUGAAAAUAAGUUUAAAUUUGUGUUGCUGGUACUUAUAAUUUCACGGGAGAUUCCUGGAGCUAUGGAGUGGUUUCUUUGAGUGGAACUGUGAUGCAAAUACCGUCUUAAAAAUGAUCAGCCUGUUUGCUUAACAGAGCUUGGCAUUCCAUUGCUCUUGGGGGCUUUUCAUUUGGUGGUUUUUCUGUCUGUGCUGUAAUUAUCCUGCAGUCUGUAUUCCUAGGAUCAUCCAGGCAUAUUUCCCCACAUUAAGCUCAUGAAGUGAAUGAAUCAUUACUGUAAUGAUAAUCUCCAGUUUUCCUCAAGUGCCUAUCACAAUCUAGCCAUUGUACUGAGUGUGGGCAAGAAAGACCUCAUUUUUUCCAGCAGCUUAGACAUAGGAAUUAAGAAUGGAACCGGAGACACCUGAAUUUUCUCAUUUACAAACGAUGCAUCCCUUUUUAAUCAAGCAGCUGACAAACUCAGAGAAGUUGAUAGUUCCUUUGGUAGAACUGGGGUUCUUAGGUGCGUAAGCCUUAAAGAAAAAAAGAAAGAAUAGCUAAUUGUAAUGUUCAAGUGCAGUUUUGUCAUUAAACAAAUUCUGCCACUUUGUUUGUGUUGUUAUAGUGUAUGACUGUCCCAGGUACUCUGAAAUGCCCUGGCAUUCUGAGAAAAGUUACCAAGUAGCAGAGACAGUGGAAAAUUGGUUGUCGUUAGAUUAAGCCAUAUGUAGCAGAUUAACGGGAAAUCCUGGUGGCGUAGUGGUUAAGUGCUAUCUAUGGCUGCUAACCAAAGGGGUGGCAUUUCGAAUCUGCCAGGUGCUUCUUGGAAAUUCUAUGGGGCAGUUCUACUCUGUCCUAUAGGGUCGCUAUGGGUUGGAAUCAACUCGACGGCACUGGGUCUGUGUUUUUUUUUUUUUUUUUUGGUUUAGCAGAUUAAUGAGGAUAAAAGCUAUUAUGCUGUUUAUUUAAUGAUGAGGUCAAAAGCUAUUACGUAUUUAUUGAUAUAUGCUGUAUAUCUCCUGUGGAAAUGGAGUUUUACUUAUUUGAGCAAAGCCUUUAAUUUUAUGUGGCUCAUGACAAGACCAUAGCUAUGAUAGUAAUGUAAAUGAAGGGUUCUUUUCUAGUUGAGCAUUUUCACCUGAAUAUAGGAAUAUGGUAUGUUCAAAGAGGCUGUGAAAAAGAUAAGGUUGUAAAUCUUCAUUCCAGUAGAAUGCAGGCAGAUGCAGUAUUUACUGCCACAGUUGACUUGCCGAGAUCAAGACGAAUGUACAGGAUCUGAAUUUAUAACUUGCCUUAAGGGACCGUUUGAAUCCCUGGUGGCGUAGUGGUUAAGAGCUAUGGCUAACCAAAAUUUUGGCAGUUGGAAUUCACCAGCCGCUCCUUGGAAACCCUGUGGGGCAGUUCACCUCUGUCGUGUAGGGUUGCUCUGAGUCGGAAUCCACUUGACAGCAGUGGGUUUUUUUUUUUUUUUUCUGGUAAGGGACAAUGUAACCAGUUUAGUUUUGCACCUGGGUUAUAAUGCCUCUGGUGUUCUGUGAUAUAGAAAAGAAGUCUCUUAGUAAGAACAAGCCCUAGAAAAUGGGAAGGUUGGGGACUGUGGAGCAAAAAUAUGUUCUUGUGCAAAUGAAAAUACACCAUGAACAGCCUGCAGAAUCCUUGGGGUCCAGGAUAAGAUGCAUUAUCUGCCACAGCACGUUUUCAAAAUGAUCCUGUCUUAGGACCGAUGCGUAAUGGGAGCUAGCUUAAAAAGAAAGACCAAAAAGCCAAACCUGUUGCCGUCGAGUUGAUUCUGACUCAGUGACCCUAUAGGGUAGAGUAGGACGGCCCCACAGGGUUUCCAAGGAGUGGCUGGUGGAUUUGAACUGUCGACCUUUUGGUUAGCAGCCAAGCUCUUAACCACUGCGCUACCAGGGCUCCAAAAUUCUGGAACCCUGGCUUGUGUCCUUGGGAAGAGCAACUUCCCUUUGUUUCCCAAUUUAGAAAAGUAGGAAGUGAACAAUUUAGGGAGGUGCUUGCUUUUUAUGUCACCGUCAAAGAAGCAUAAGGAAUUGCUGUUUUUGUUUACAUACAGAGAAUUUAAUGAAUUCAUAUUCUUUAGGAGCAUCCAGCCUCUUUCCUACCUCCAAAUUGAGCCAUGUGAAAUGUUGGGAAUAGAGAGAUACUUCUGUAUCUAGAUUAAUAGACCCUUGUAGACUGCUUGGAAACCAGCUCUAUUUGUAACAUUUUUUUUCCUUGGAAAACGUUUCCAUUUUGAAUUCCAUUUAACCAGCUCAUGGUUGAUAUUGAGCAAUAGAAUUCAUUGUUAAGUUAGAGACCAUCUGUAUAAAGUCUGUACUUGCACUCAUCUUGGUUGUACUCUCUUUGCAUUAAUGUUUUACACCCUAUUUCAUCUCACCAUUCUAGGGAUUUUAAGGUACCUUGUUAUUCUGCCUUCUUAUUCUGGCUUUAAAGCCUUCUGUGAAAUAGGCUGCCACGAUAGCCCAGUCAUUUUAUAUUCAUACUUAACAGCUAGCAGAAACAAUUUCAGAAGAAUUGAAAAGUAGGAUGGAUGUUAAGGGCACUGGGCUAUGAGUAGUAAAAAUUUUCCAUUAUCUUCAUACUCUGUGGAGAUGGCCAAAUUUAUUCUGCCAAAUAAGGAUGUUAAAAAUAACACCAUCUGCUGUCACCAUCAUUUCAUAAGAGGGCAAACAUUUUAACUCACAUAUACAAAGGAAGGACGUAAUGGCAGAAUAUAAACCGUGUCCUUUUUCGAAUUGCACUUUAGAUUGAAUAAAACGCACACGUGCGUGCACACACACACACACCAUCCCGGGCCUAUACUAGUCCCUGCAUUGGAGUUUGGGAACAACUGGUGUAAAUGCUUGGGACCUCUGCCAGAAUCCUUCUCUUAGAGGAAUAGAAUUGAGAGAAAGAAGUUACAUUCUGAACUGCUAGAGUUACUUUGUUUUCCAAGUUAUUAAAAGGACCUGGGAAACGUCUGUAGAGCUUCCUAGUCAUCUGCUUGAGAUAAAAUUGUGUGAUCUGCUUAUGAUCAGACCAUCAAGUGAAGACUCUGUUCCUGUGUUUUACACUGUUGGCCUUGUACAUUCUUUCCAAGUUAAACCUAGGAAUGCUGGGAAUUCCUUGAUUAUUUAAACUCUGUUUUUCCCAUUUUUCUGGUUGUGACAGGUUCUGAAAUUAUGGUUUUGUGUAACCUUUAACCAUGAAGCCUUUGAUUUUCAAACAUUGGUUUUCUGAGGAUGGGUAGUGAGAGAGGGCAGGUAUUAGUUUUAAAAUUAUUUUGGACCUUAAAGCUAAAGAAAGUAAAAUGUUACAGACUGGUAAUUUUGAGUGAUAAUGAUAAAUCGUGUAACUGAUAAAAACUGAUAACCAGGAUAUAUGAAGAAUUCCUACCCAAAACCAAUAUACAGAAAAGGAACCCUGUAGAAAAAUGGGAAAAACAUGAGAACAGGUACUUCACAAAAGAGGAAACAUGAGUGUCCAACAAACAUAUAAAAAGAUGCUCAACCUCAUUAAUAAGGAAAUUCAAAUUAAAACCACAACAAGAACAUGCUACAUUCCUACCACAUUGGUAAAUACUGUAAAGUCUGAUAAUACCUGAGUUUAAGGAUGCGGUAAAUAGGAACCCUCAAGCGCUACUGAUAAGGAUCUCAAUGGGUUCAACUGUUGUGUAUGUUUCAUUUUCAUAGGUGUGUAUUAUGUGUUUUGUAAAAGUACAGGGUUUAAAUGUGAUGUGUGAAAAUUGUAAUAAGUGUGUGGCAUAUAGAAAGUACUCAAGUGUUUGUUAUUAAUAUAAAAAUGAUAUAAAAAUGUUUCUUGUUAAAUACAGUUGUGGCUACAUCCUGCAAA